UCCUCUUUACUUGUUUCUUUUCCCUUCUCUGGUUUCCUGCUCCCCUCUUCUUCAAAGCAGCCCAUCCACACUCUCUCCACUCUCUUAUCUUUAGUCCAAAAAGCUAAUCUUAUUCAAAGAUUCUGUCAAUCUCUCUUUGUUUCUUUGUCCUUUUCGAAUUAUAUAUUGCGCAUUGGUUGUAAAUGCCAUGACAGUGGUACCAGUGGCGGACGAAGGAGAAGAAUAAGUAGUGGUAGUGAUAGAAGAAGAAGCGGUAGCUAUAUGGGUUGCUCGUCGUCGAAAGUGGAGCAGCAGAAGGCCGUGGCCGUCUGCCGCGGCCGGGUCGACCUCCUCGCCGCCGCCAUCCGCCACCGGUACGCCCUCGCUGCAGCCCACGCCGCCUACUCCGACUCCCUCCUCUCCGUCUCCGUCGCCCUCCAUCGUGUCCUCCUCCUCCAACCGUCCACCUCCUCCUCCCCUGUCCUUCCCCUCCCUACCCACCGCAAGUCCGAGCCUUCCCCUCCUCCUCAGCUCGUUUCCUCCGCUCGGCACUCCAGUGCCGGCUCCCACAUCCAUUUCCUUCCUUCAGACUCAGACGACGAUGACGACGAUUCCCCGUUCCACAGCGGCGACUCUUCCCCUAUCCACCACCUCGACCACUAUGGAACAGUUCCCCGCGGCCCCGGUUUUGGCAACAUCUACUACGCCCGCAGCCAGCCGCCGCCGCCUUCCGUCGCCCUCGGGCAGCCGCCACAGAGCUACGAGACCGUCCAAGUUGGCUACUUUGAGCCUUACGCCGCUUCAACUUCUCACGGCUAUCCUUACUCCUAUUUUCCAGGCAAUUAUGGUUCAAUGGGUGGAUUCUUUGGUCCGUCUUCGCCUCCGCAGGCAAUGCAGCCGCCUACAUGGACAACGGCAUCGGCAUUGAGAGGAUCUUCCUCCUCGAGGCCGCCACCUCCUCCUCCCCCGCCCCCGAGUACGUCCACUUGGGACUUCUUGAACCCUUUCGAGACUUAUGAGAACUAUCACCAUCGCUACACUCCUAGCUGGAGCUCAAGAGAAGUGAGGGAGGAGGAAGGGAUCCCGGACCUCGAAGAGGAGGAUCACGACAUAGCGAAGGUGAGUUAUGGUCACCAAAAGUUUGCGUCUUUCUCCUCUGCAGCCACCGGAGAGCACUCCUCCUCUAUGGGUGCGUCAACUAGAAGAACGGAUGGAACUAGCAGCCUUCGAGGUUCAUAUUUCUACCAAUCCCGGUCGUCGGCAGCCGGUAGGAAUUCGAGUUAUGAACCGGAGGUGGUCGAUAAGAAUGCGGUGACGCAUGGGGUUCAAAGAUCACAGGUUCAACCGCAGAAUGUGGCAGAUCCGAAGAAGAUUUUGGAUGCUUCUGAUUUCGCUGAUGAAAUUAAGACCCAGUUCGAAAGGGCAUCUCAGUGCACCAGAGAGCUCUCAGAAUUGCUGGAGGUGGGGAAGCGCCACCAUCAACCGAAACAGUCUCUGUUUGAAGUUUCGGCAAGGAUGAUCACCGUGAUGACUCCUCCUUCAAGUUCUGUUUCUUUGGGCUUUGAAGGUGAUAAGGAAAUGAGUUCCAAGAGUCUUGCUUCGACACUACAGAAGAUGUAUGCUUGGGAGAGGAAGCUUUACCAUGAAGUGAGGGCUGAGGAGAAAAUGAGAUUACUUCUUAGAAGGAGCCAUAAGGAGCUGAGACGCAUGAUUGAAAGGGGUGCUGAGGCUCACAAGAUCAAUUCCACUAGAAGUUUGAUUGAUAAGUUAUCUACAAAAAUAAGAAUUGCGAUUCAGGUUGUUGACUCGAUUUCAAAAAAGAUAAAUAGACUGAGAGAUGAAGAACUGUGGCCGCGGAUGACUGAACUUGUUCUAGGGUUGGUGAGGAUGUGGAAUACUAUGCUCGAGUGCCAUCAGAUGCAGCAUCGAGCACUAUCGGAAGUUAAAAAACUCGAUUCAGUCAUCUCUGUUGGAAAAAUUAGUAGUAGUCAUGCUGAUGAAAUAAUGCAGUUGGAAUUGGAGAUUCUCAAGUGGACUAGCAAUUUUGCUGCUUGGAUUAAUGCUCAGAGAAACUAUGUCAAAGCUUUGAAUGGAUGGCUUGUCCUUUGUCUUCGUUAUGAACCUCAAGAAACAGCUGAUGGGGUCCCGCCCUAUUCUCCAAGGAGGAUUGGUGCUCCGCCUGUUUUUAUUAUCUGCAAUUGCUGGUCACAAGCCAUGGACAUGACUUCUGAGAGAAAUGUGCUCGAGUCCAUGCAGGCUUUUGCUACUGCUGUGCGCCGUCUGUGGGAGCAGCAGAACAUCGAUCAUCACGAACGGAUGAUAGCAAUUAGAGACAUGGACAGAUGGCUUAAAACCCUGGAGAAGAAUAUAAAAGAUAUUCACAAGGAAGUGGAUUCUCUGAACAAGAAAUUGGCUCUAGUACCUGGCCAGAUUGGUGUCCGCAUUUAUCAACCAGUUUUUGAAGGCCAUACUGCGGAAAUAACCGGCACACAGUUAGGCUUGGAAAAGAUCUUUGAGGCCAUGCAAGACUUCACGGCUAGCUCGGUGAAAGCUUAUGACAAAUUACUUGAGCAUUGCGAGGAACAGAGGAUGUCUGGAUAGAAUGCAAAAAAUUCUUUCAUGCCAGUUCCAGCAACCUGGCACGGAUGGCAUAACGUCAUGUUUCCGAGCUGCCCAGCGAAGUUGAGCUUGACAAUAUCUUCUUUGAAGUUGCAUUCUUUCUUGAUCAUAACCGAGUAUUUUGGUGAUCGAGGAUGCUUCUAUGGUCGACUAUUAGUUGAGCCAAGCUCCGACAAGACUAGAGACAAUCUCAAGUUAUGUAUUGCCACUGCACAAUGGAAUAGCAGGGAAGCAUGCAAGUUUCUCCCCAUGGGGAGCUGUAAGGAUUUCAAUACAGGUUUGUCAAUACAAGCUCUUCUCGGUUUAGUCUAAUAUAUAUGUGCUUAAAAUUACUAUUAGUAAUUGCUGCACUGCAGCCAUUAUCUUUGGAUUACAGAAGCAGCAAGGAAAGUCAUUUUUGAACAAUGUAUUUGGUUUCUAUGUAGAUAGGGUUUGCCUACUAGACAGUAGCCAAGCUUCCUGUAAAUUGUCACUUUGAGUUUUGCAAAGAUAUAAAUGUGGAUUUUGCAUCUUCUGAGCA